AUGGCACCCACAAACCCCGACGAAACAGUCCAGUUCCUCUUAAGCUGCAUCCGCUACUCAAACAGCGGCAAGGUGGACUUCAACGAAGUCGCGAAAGAAUGCAACAUCGUCAGCAAAGCAGCCGCUGCAAAACGCUACGUACGCUUGAUCAAGGCCUACAAUGAAGCAGCGAACAAGAUCGAGACCACCCCCGGAUCAGAACCCGACGCAGCAGGAGCUUCUCCAGACUCUUCCCCUAAGAAAACCAAACCUGCCAAGGCUGGCCCUCCUAACAAGACCAAAGCCAAGCAGGCGGGCGAGAGUGAGAGUCCUAGUUCACCCGCGAAGCGCAAGCCUGCAGGGGACAGUAGCAAGGCCAGAGCCAAGAAAGCUCGGGUGUCCAAGGAGACUGUCGUUGAGAGCGCAGAGAGAAUGGUUGAGCAGAGGUUGAGCCCUGUCAAGGAGGAAGAGGUGUCCGAUGCUGAAGAGAAGGGUCUAGGUGCUGGCGCUGAUGCGACUGCUGUCGACGGCGAGACGCUGUUUGACCAAUUUUGA